AGCAUAGCCACAUCCAUGAAAAGAGUGUCACUUUUUGAACGCUUUAUUCAAACUGAAAUCUAUCAUAGCUGGCAGUACACAUGCAAAUAAACCCUAAAAUGAGACUAUUUAGUGUUGUUAUUGCCUCCCUGCUCAUGGGAUUGGCACUUACAAUUCCCCUGGAAAAUUUUGAACAGAAACUGCAGCAGGAAGUGCCAAGGAAAGCCGCGAAUAAACCCAAGCAGAUGUCACAGCCGCCGAUUUUUGUGGUGGACAUGCUGCAGCCCGUCCUCAGCUAUGAAAGGAACAACACCACCAGGAAGGAGGCCACUGUGGGCGGCAGUCUUGCCCCCAAAUUGAGUUACGUUCGACUGAUGCGCGUGCUGAUGGAACACAUUUGGAUCACUGCCGCAGAAGCAGCAGCCGCAAAGGGGAUUCCAAAAUUGACCAACAACACGAUAAUGUGAGGAGAGUUGCGAUGAUUUUGGAGUACGGAGUAGCAAAGGAAAGAAACAGGAAGAAUUAAGGGAAAGGGAAGAGAAAAGCGAAGAACUAAAGGUACAAAUUAUGAAUAUAAAAAUCAGUUUAAAGUGAAGAAAAGUAGGAAAAAGAAGUAGAAAGUAGAACGAAAAUAAAACAUAAAUUUAA